AAGGUCAUGAGUUUGACCCCUGGUACCAGAGGGGGGGAAAAAAAAAGAAAGGUGGUCUGUUACUCUAUUAUUUACUUUUCAGAGUUUGGUUGAUUGGAGCAGGCCAGAGCUAUAAAACUCUGGUUUGUCUGCUCCUCCCAACUCUUCUAGCAUCCCCCUAGCAUACCAUCCGACCUCGCCCUUGUAAAAUCCUCUCUGUCACACUGAGAGCCCGUCGAGGUUCUAGUCUCAUCUUUGGUCUCUUCAGGGGAAGCUCUGCCAUGCGUCCACCCUGGAUGUGGUUAUAGUUCAGGCACUCAGGGCUGGACCAAGACUCAGGGAGUCCUGCUGUCUCUGGUUAAUGUUCAAGGGAGUCUUUUGUGCUUUUAGUUCCUCAGAGUCAGAGAGGACUGGAUUCUGGACCUGUGAGCCAGCAGGGGAAGCCCCAAAGUGGAAGGUGCAGCUCACGUUAUAGGCUUUUGGAACAACUCAGUCCUAGUGUAUGAGAAUAGGUCUUGAGGUGCCAUAUGACUAAGCAGAGGCAGGUAGGUCUAGGGUUGCACAGAGUGUAGCUACAGGGGGACUUCUCAACAAGCCAAAGUGUGGGUCUGUGGUGCAACAAAACUAAUUGGAUCCUUCGAAUUUGGGUAACAUAGGGAGACAUAUGUAUGGGUUAGCACAAAAUUUGCUUCAUGGUAGCAUAGGUGGACUUGGUUUAACUCAAGCUGGCAUCAAAGUGUCAGGGACAUUGUGAAGCCCUGGUCUCCUCAGACCACUCUAACAGUUUCAUCUACUUAUAAUAUCUCUAGAAAUUACACAGUAAAAACCCACUAGAAAUAUUCUGGAGCAGUCAUGGUGGUUGUGAUCCAAGAUGGCUGUAGUCAUGUCCAUUUCAUCUGUUUAUCUGGGUAAAGACCUUCUUCAGUAGGUGAAUGUCAUUACUGUGACAUGUGGUACAUGGAAGUCACUCUGUUAAGCCUUCCAUGAGCUCUGGAAGAUUUAUUCCUCUCCCUCCCCCAUCACUUCCUCACCUCAUUAUUUGCUUUAGCCUUCAGAUUCCCUUUUGGGGUUCCAACUCCCUGUUUUAGUUAGCUCUCAUUCUAAGUACACUCCAUUUGGAGUGAAAGUGUCUUAAUUUCUGGAGGAGAUAUUGUGAGUUGAAAGAAGUAACUCAUUACAUAUUUGUUCUCCCUAUAAGUGUAGUUUGCCAACACCUACCUGUGUUCAGGAGGUCCAUGAUAUAAGAUGCUGACCUGAGGAAACAGUCUGACCCUGGAACCUGAUCAGAGAGGUGCAUGUGCUAUGGGGGUGUUACAUGGAUCUUGCAGAGGCACAAGAAAGCAGAGAGAUAUUGAUGGACUAGUGACAGGCUGCUGAUUAGUCUAGUUUUCCUUGGAGGCAGGAUAUGGGACGUUCAAUGGCAUCCAUGUAUAACAAAACAAAAGCAAUCCACCAGGUGAGGUGUCACAUGUCCGUAACCCAAGCAUUUGGGAGAGUGAUGCUGGGCGAUUGUCAUUAGUUAUAGGCAAGGCUGGGCUACAUAGUGAGUUCAAGAUGAGCCUCAACUACAUGAUGAGACCUUGCCUCAAGGAAAAAAAAAAGAAUGGAAAGAAACAAAAAGAAACAUCCCAAAUAGAAAAUGUGAAAACUACUGAAAAAGAAAAAAAAAAAUGGUCCAAAGAAACCACAACCCAAAAGCAGUGCAAAGUGCAGAGAGGUGGGGCAGAAUCACAAAAACACUGUUCCAGAAGUCAGUGAUAAAGCAGUAACUACAUUUCAUGCUAGGUCACUUAGAGGCUGCCACACUCUACAACAGACUGGGGUCUCAUUUCCUCUUUUCCUUCUGGCUGAACAGACCAGACUCUAUCUUGCGCACUGUGCCUGUUUCUGGUUUCUGUGAAGUCAUGUUGCUGUACCUGGCAGCCCUCGUGGGUUUGUACUACCUCGUGCGCUGGUACCGGGAGAGACAGGUGGUGAGCCACCUCCAUGACAAGUAUGUCUUCAUCACGGGCUGUGACUCGGGCUUCGGGAACCUGCUGGCCAGGCAGCUGGACAUGCGAGGUUUGAGGGUGCUGGCCGCGUGUCUGACGGAAGAAGGAGCUGAGCAGCUGAGGAAACGAACAUCAGAACGGCUGGAGACAGUGAUCUUGGAUGUCACCCGGACAGAGAGCAUUGCUGCAGCCGCUGAAUGGGUGAAGGAGCGUGUGGGGGACAGAGGACUCUGGGGCCUGGUGAAUAAUGCUGGUAUCUCCUUCCCUUCUGCUCCCAGUGAGUGGCUGAGCAAGCAAGACUUCAUGAACAUACUCAACGUGAACCUGGUGGGGGUGAUCGAGGUGACUCUGAGCCUGAUGCCUUUAGUGAGGAAGGCUCAAGGGCGUGUGGUCAAUGUCUCCAGUGUCAUGGGGCGGUUGUCACCCUUUGGUGGUGGCUACUGCAUCUCCAAGUAUGGCGUGGAGUCCUUCUCAGACAGUCUCAGAAGAGAGCUCUCCUAUUUUGGAGUGAAGGUGGCAAUUAUUGAGCCCGGUUUCUUCAAGACCAAUGUGACCAGCAGUGAAAGAUUCAUACUAGAUUUACAGAAGUUGUGGAACCAGCUCAGCUCAGAGGUCAAGGAGAUCUAUGGCGAGAAGUUUCUGGAAACCUACCAGAAAUCAUCUAAAUUAGUGGAGCAAAGGAGCAAACCUGACCUGUCCUUGGUGACGGACUGCAUGGAACAUGCGCUGACUGCCUGUCACCCUCGCACCCGAUACUCAGCUGGCUGGGAUGCCAAGCUCUUUUACCUCCCCUUGAGCUACAUGCCCUCAUUCUUGGUGGAUGCCCUUAUGUACUGGGGCUCUCCAAAGCCAGCAAAAGCCUUGUAAAGCCAACUUUUGGGUGUAUUGUUGGGGAAGUUGGGUAGUGUGUGUGGGUUGGGACAUGUCAGGUAAGGGCAGUGGGUAGAGGCAAGCAGCUUUCACACACUAGGGCACCUGUCCCACCUUCUAUGUCCAAAGGAUUUUUCUCAGGUAUUACUCAAGACUGCUGACAUGAGAGGGAAAGAGUCAAGGACUUCUAUUGAGGAACAGGGACUCAGCAUCACCCACUGAUUCCCAAUUCAUUUAGACAUGAGCUGUUUUUUCUCUGUAUUGUAUGUCUUCCAUGUCACUGUAUCUUAGAACCAGCUGAUUGUGGCCUGAACCUUAACAAACUGGGAGCCAAAUAAACGUUUCCUUCACCA